AUGUCCGCAGUGCGAGUGCAAUAUGGCCAUUCGAUAUUUAAGUAUACGGCUACACCAUCUACUUUGUUGAAUGAUGUAUUGGUGAAAGCCAUGGUGCAUUUCAAAUUAAGUUCUGAUACCCAUACAUGGUUUCUUAAGUACGGUGAAAAAGAUUUAACGUUAUUCCUUCCUUACAAUCAACUGAACCUACCAACAGGGUGUGUGUUGCAACUGGGUUCAAUUUUAAAGGACGAAACGAAUGUAAAUGGCAAGGAACUGUCGAUAAAGUUUCAAGCCAUGGGUAUUGGGGCACAUAUCCGUAAGAUAAAUACGAAUUUCAACAUUGCUGAUACGGUUAAGGAGGUUUGUGAGGCUGAAAAUUGGAAUAUGCAACCUUUAAGCCAGGUGAGCAUAUCAUUAUUUUCUAAAAACAUAUUGUUUGAAGAGUUAAAGGGGAUGAGUUUUGAAGAUCUUGGUGUAAAUAAUGGCGUGAUGAUACGCUUAAAACUACCAAAAUCUGUUAACAGCCCAAAGGUUUCCAAUGAGUCAAAUAUUGCAUCCUGUGCUAUAAACGAUUUAGAAUGGAGGAAAAUUUGCGAUACAUCUUCCAAAGAAGAUAAAACGGAAGUUUCAGAAAGUCCUAAACGUCAAAUUCAUAAAGUAUAUGCAUAUGCUCCUGCAAUAUCUUCCCGCGGAACCACUUCACAAAGUACAUCUGUGAAAGAAGAAUCAGAUGAUAGCGAUUAUGAUCUUUCUGAGGGUGAUAUUCUGAAAUAUCAAAGCAUGCUAUCAAAGAGAGCAAUGACAGGGCCAUUGAUGACCAAACGAUUACGCGAACAACUGGAUGCCAGGGAAACACGAAAAGUUGAAAUUUGCACUAUUAGGGUUAAAUUUCCUGAUCUGACCCAUUUAGAAUCCAGUUUUGCAAAGGAUGAAACUAUGGAGGAUGUUUACAAGUUGGUUUCCCUUAAUUUAAUAGAUUCAGAUAUAGAAUUUACACUUGUUCAGUCACACCCUCCCGUUGUACUUGAAAAAGCGAGUUUAAAACUGGUAGAACAUUUGAAUUUUGGUUCUAAUACGUUGCUUUUAUUCAAAACAAAAAACCCACCGCCAUAUUUGAAGAAGUCGAUAUUAGAUUCUGCAAAGACGAUUACAAGCGCCAGUAAUAAUGAUGUUUCAUCCGCCAAUACAAUGGUAGAACAUCAGAAACUUACUUUCAAUUCAGGAGAACAGAUGUCUAUAAAAAAAGUUCCCAAAUGGAUGAAAUUAAGCAAGAAUUAA